AUGGUUCAAAAACAGAAAGAUAUACAUGUCACGUCUAAUGAAACGACGCCACAGGAAUUAACUCCCAGAAUUGCUUCAAACACCAAUAAUAGUGACGACGAGGAGACAGUUGCGGCUGCCCUGAAAAAAGAGGAUUUUGUUUCAUUUCCCACUUUGGCGGAACCAGAGGUGCAAAAUGAAAAGUCGCUUUCCGGGUUAAUCACCAAGACCCUUAGGAAAGUAACAAAUAAUGCCACCAAUUUGGUUCAAAACUAUUCAGCAAAUCUCGAACCACACAAACAGUAUGUCGAUGGAACUGUCGAGGAAUUAAAAGCUGGUGAUACCCCUUCCAACCCACUGUUCUCCAAACGGGAAACUCGUCCCUCCAACUCAGGACUUGCAACGAAUGGGUUGGAUAAGGGUUUGAAAAAUGUUACAGAGAUUACAUCGAAACACAAGAAGGCGGAGUAUAAUCAAAAUGAUCUUGACCCUGAUGCAUUUAGCAUUAAAUCUAAGAGGCAUGAUGAUGAAGUCGUACAGGGACCAGUACGGUCACCCAGGCUACGGCUGUCACGAAAUUCAACUGCGCCCGCUACCACAAGUGCUUUACAGUCCAAUCUAAGCCCUGGAAUAGAGGAGGGGUUUGUUGAGAAGGGGAAAGAAGCCACUCGACAGGAAAACGAAAAGGGUCAGGUACCUCGCAAGCACUUCAAUGACGCACCACAAUCUCCGCAUGAAAUAACGGGAAGUAUAAAUGAGUCUCUGCGGCCACUACUCAAGGAUAAACUAAGUGUACCACAGCCUUCAACGCUGGACAAAAUACGCCAAUUGAUAUUGGAAGAAACAUCACCUCGUGUAACAUCUGACAACAAAUCCCUACGACUAUCAACAAUGCCUUUUCCUCACGCGCAAUCGUUGAGCCCAAGGGCCACUAGCUCAGUGGUUAGCGUAAAUGCAUUGGCUACUGUUGAUAUGUCGGAUGCAGAGCAUCAGUCUCAAAGCUCUACUUCCCAAGGUUAUGCCAAGGCGAAGGAUAAAAAAUCUAAAAGAACAUUUUUGGGGAAGAAAAUAUCAACACUUUUCAACAAUCUACCAAAUGACAUUGAAGUGUCUGAUGACUCUGCAUCAGACCAAGAAUCGGUAGGUGAUUCCGAGCAGUCAGCACGAGUACUGACUGAUGUAGGAAAUGAGUACGACGCAAAAAUCUACGCACCAAAUCUUGAGGAUAACGAGGUCAGGGCGCUAUCUACGACUUACGACAUGGGUACUCUACACGGUGGCUCGAUUGCAAAGUCUUCACCCAUUAAAGUGGAACGUACUAGUAAAAUGACGACGUCCACAGUUUCCGGAGAAUCCCCCACGGUGUCAUCAUUUCAAGCGAUACAAAGCAAAGAUGUGCAUGCUUCUAGAAAAAGGUCUCAAAACUUCCCGUCAUUGAUUUUGGAUAAUGCCAAAACCAUCUUAAACCAAAACUUGGGGGCAGUUGCGUCUUCAGCCUCUUCCAUAGUUGGCAAAAGGAAAAAGAAAAAAUCCACCAAGAUUUCUCAAAACCCUUUAAAAAAUGGGGGUAUUCCCAAAAAGUACUGGAUGGAUGAUGCAUUUGUGGCGGAUUGUUUGAAUUGUUUCAAACCAUUCACAGCCUUUAGGAGAAAACAUCAUUGUCGCUUUUGUGGACAAAUUUUUUGCUCGGAUUGUACUUUAUUCAUCUCCUACACUCAGCAUCGGGAUCAACGCAAUAAUGUUAUCGAUCAAAAACGCCCGUAUUACGAUAAACUAAGGGUAUGCAAACCAUGCUAUAGUGAUGUCAUUAUCUACCUCAGUGACGACUCAUCAGAAACCGAAACGGAUGAUGAGGCCGACAAAACAACCGACGAGCAUAAUCAUCCAAGGUCUCGAAACGAGGAUUUGUUGGUACCCAAUCAUCCCCUUUCACGAGUUCGUUCAUUGUCAACAACCUCGUAUCGUGAUAGCAUAGGUAACAAUGAGACAAGUCAAGGAUCUAUUCUGCACGACUCUAAAAUCAAAGACAGUGGUUCCAUUAGUUCUUUUUCACCAUCUCGUAAAAAUAGUCAGCACAUUUACCCAGAUGAAUCUAUCAAAGCGAAUCAAAAGCAAGCACCUCGUAUGGCCAUUCCAACAACUCGUGCUGGUGAGUCCAUUGAGAUCCCAUUGAUGCGAAACUCGUUAACCAAUGCUCAAGUCGUGCGUGGUCCAAUGAGCAAAUUUGGGUCGAGUAGUAAACUCGACAUUGUGGAUCAAAAUAGUGUUCUGAAUUCGUUUCAUCAAAAUUUACAGUCGCACAAUCAAUUUUCUGUCUUCCACAAUCACGCACCUUCCAAUUUUGCUCAAACUUCUUACGACAUCUUGACUAGCAAUAAGGCCUGGUUGAAGAAUUCCGAAAGUUUUCUUGGCGUGGAGGGAGAUUCAACUGGUAAUCAAAGUGCAGCAUACAAAAACCUAGUUUCAAGAAAACCGUCAUUGAAACUAAAAGUCACUCCUUCAUUCACAAGAGUUGAGAGAAACCACGAGCUCUUAAAUCUUGAUGAUAAUGACGAUGCCGACGUCGAAGGUAGCAGCAGCAGCAGUGAAAGUGAGAAUGAAGCGUCCUCUGCAAGACAUCUCAGAAAUGAAGAUAGCGAAGGGGAAGAAGAUGAGCGUGCUAUGUCCAUAUACUCGUCGUUGAACGAUCAGCAUGCUUAUGGCUCAACACCACUCGCUCGCAAUUCGGGUCGUAUAUUUGGAGCCGGUACUGGAGCUGUCCCAACAUUAGGGGAGUUCCCAGGAAUCAAAACAUUUUUCUCUGAGAGUCGCAAUAACUUCCCCUACUCGAACAUCAUGAAAAAAAAUAACAUCACUAUCAAUGAAGCAACCAGACCCGAGAGCUUACGUUCACGUGCUCGUGCAAAUGCUUCGAUCCAGCGUAUGCGUUCAAGAAGACAAACUAGAAAUGGACGCAAUGUACUGAUAUUGACGCAAAAUAAUAUUCGGUUGCCAAGCUUGGGAUCCACUACUGUGGAUAGGUCAACCGCGCCUAUGCAGCUAUCACCAAGCUCGUCUCCAUCAUCACCUUUGCCAGAGAAUUUGACCCGUUCUAAUUUGACUACGGCAAUGUCUAAUACACCUGAAGAGACAAUCAACCCACGUAAGAGGAACGACAACUUUGAUGAGAUGGAAACAGAGUUGUCACCAAUUAGUCCACGUAUUUCUAAUGACACUCCAUUGCGUCACGAGUCAGAUAGUUCUGGGUAUUUUGGAUACCAUCACCCCAGUGGAGCUCAAGGUACCGAAGCCGAACUGCGCGGUGAUGCUGAAGAGUGUCUCAAACUUGACAAAAUUUAUACUGACACAUUGAAUGGGGUUUUGGAGCAAUCACUCAAGGAUUGUGAAAUUGAGAAUAAUUUUGAUCAGUGGGUGUAUGUGCUCCAGAGAGUGUUGACAAAAGUGAAUAUGCUAAAAGUUUCUGACACUUUAGACAUCAGGCAGUAUGUAAAACUCAAGAAAAUUCUAGGUGGGAAAAUCGAGCAAACCGAAAUUGUCAAUGGUUUAUUUAUGACCAAGGAUAUUGAUAGCAAGAAGAUGAGAUCGAUGAUAGAAAAGCCACUGAUUGCACUUUUGAUGUUUCCAGUGGAGUACUUGAAGGAUAGAGAGCAAUUUAUUAGCUUACGUGUAAUCCACGCUCAACAGUCUGUUUAUAUCACAAAUUUGGUUUCGAAACUUAUUUCAUUAUCGCCUGAUAUUAUUGUGGUUGGAGACACGGUAUGUGGAUUGGCCAUCAAGCUACUCGAAGAGGCAGGGAUCACCGUCGUGUCCAAUGUCAAACCACAAGUAAUUGAACGAAUUUCGAGGUACACUAAUGCGGAUAUUUUUCAAUCUGUCAAUGACUUGUUUUUCAAGAAGGGAAAUUUAGGUGUAUGUGAUAAGUUUGAAGUGAAACGGUUCAGGUAUGGUAAUGCAGUCAAGACGUUUAUCUUUUUCACUGGAAUUGAUACACAAUUAGGGUUUACCAUUAUGUUAAGAGGUGGCGAUGAAAGAUUGUUAGAUAACGUCAAAUACACCGCUGAGGUUUUAAUCCAUGGAUAUCUCAAUGCGCGAUAUGAAAAGAGCCUUUUGAGAAACUCGCUUUUGACUUGUACGGAAUUGUCGCUUGAUCAAUCGGUAAACGAUAUCGAUCAAAUCAUGACGUCUCUAUUAAAUGACGAUUUGCUGUCAGUUAUUAAACCGGUGUUGGAUAACCAAGAGGUUGUUUCAUACAUUAAUUCGUUUAAAUUGCGAAGAUUGAGCUUGUCGCCAUCUGUACAAUACAAUUUGCCCACCAUGUUGGUCAAGGUUGUGGAAACGUACUACAGGUAUUUUCAUAGCUAUAAACUUGACAAGGAAAUCCAAUCGCUCACGUCAUCAGACCAAGUUGACGCAAACUGGAAAGACCAGUUGAAGAUUAAACUCAAUGUUGAUGAAUUACCAGGGAAGCACAAAGAUUUUGUUCGAAUUCUAAAUUGCGCUAGCAAAACUCAAUUAAAAAUUUGUCUCGACGAAUACCAAUCCCGUGCCCGUAUUUGGUCGAAUUGUUUAAAAUACCCUUCUUAUCAAUUGUUCCCCAUUUUCCAUCGCAAUAUCUAUAUUUUGCAUUCGACAGUUUCGAUUAAACAUGCGACGCCAUGUGCUGGUCCCGCAAUUGUGGUGGUUGACUAUUACACUGAGAAUGACAAAUGCUUGGGAUUGUUUCUUGAUCAGAUUUUUUCCGAUAGUUCUAAAACAUGUAAUGAAUGCGGCGAGUUAUCGCUUGAGCACUACAAGACCUAUGCUCAUGGGAAUGCCAAAAUUGAUUUGAUUACAGAAAAGUAUGAUAUCAAAUUCAAUGGCGCUAGUCAUGAAUCUCAGGGGAAAAACCAAAGGGUAAUGUGGAGUUAUUGUAAGCAAUGUAAUUACGUCACGCCAAUAAUGGCAAUGAGUGACGACACGUAUUAUUUAUCAAUUGGCAAAUUUUUUGAGUUGAAUUAUUACGGGCGUGGAAUUUUUGGUGGAUGCGAGCAUGAUUAUUUCCAAAAUUAUGUAAAGUGUUUUGGAUUCAAUGAUUUGGUUGUCAAAAUGGAGUAUUCACGGAUUGACAAUUAUGAAAUUGUCGUACCAAAGAAACAACUUGAAUUUAUUUGUGAUAUAAAUAUAACGUUGAAAGUGGAGACUUUCAAAUCAAUAAAGUCCAAAGCAGAGGCGUUUUUUGAGUCUGUUUCAAAACGUUUGAGUAGAGUCAAGUUGGAUACUUUUGUUAAAGCAGAGGAUGGAACGAAAAAGAUUACUGAAAUGAAGAAUAAGUUGGCUGAAGACUCAAAUGCGAUUUAUACCAAGUUGCAAAAAAAGUAUGACGAGAUUAGUGUAACCAGUUAUCUCGAACUAAACUCAAUUUUCAAGGAUUUACAAGUAUUGGGUAUAUUAUGGGACAUUGAAUUUCAAGAAUUUGAAAAAAAGUAUUUGCCUAAUGAAAGCGAAGUUAAUAAAAUAACCCAAUUCCAUUUGCGUAAGUUUUUAAUGGACAAGUACAACGUUCAUGAAAAUGAUAAGAAUGAUUUAAAAGACGCAAAUACAAGUGAAGAAAAACCUGCAAAUUGUUUUGAAACUGAAGGGGUAAAGCUUGCUGAUACGGAAGGUGAUGCCAAAGAUGGGCAUAGUGAAAAUCAAAAUAAGGUAUUGAAUGUUGAACAACGACCAAAUGUGGAAGGUGAACCAAAGAUCGAGAAAUUGUCCGAAUCACGUGAUGAGCAUGAUAGUGGAAGUGAAGAUGUUAUGAAUCCGUCAAAGGCACUGGAUGUAGCUUAUGCGAAUCCUUCAAAAACGUCAACAAAUGCAGCAGACAAGCCACAAGUUUUCACACCGCGUAAGGGUAGAACAGUGUCAUACGAUCAAAGGGAACCUGACACUUUAAUUGAGUCCAAGAUGUUUCCCAAAACGUCGUUGUAUGAACCCAAAACAAACAUCUCUGAAAGAAUCAGUAAAUGGGAAGAAACAGCAGCAGACAAAGCACUUCAUCAAGCUGUUCCAUUGAGUCAUCGAGGUUCCGAUAGCUCAUUGAAAUCGGUCAAUACGGUGAUUCCGUCGCAAAAUAAAGUAAUUCAUUUGGCCAAUUUCUUUGACAAGAUGUAUUAUGAUCAAAUCUCUUUGGAAUUUUCCAAACAACGUGAAUUUGAGUUGAAAAAGAGAAGCAAAAUCAAAGCACAGCCUAUAUUGGAUAGCAAACCAAUUGUUGAGAUUUACAACAAGAUUGAAGACGUUGUUGGUAGUUCUGAAAAUGAAGAGAAGAAAGAUAUAAACAACAACAGCAAUAAUACCAAUCAGGCUGAAACGAAAACUGUGGAAAUCAAAGAUACUUCGUUUACAAACCCUCAGCAAGAACAAACUCCUAAGCAAAUAGACAUCCCUGAAAAGCAAUCCUUAUUGAAGUCUUUGACCAAUUUUUGGGCUGAUAGGUCAGCCACUUUAUGGGACCCGUUGGCUUAUCCAUUAGAUAGUCACGAACAUACAUUUGCAGAUAGUGAUGUUAUUGUGAGAGAAGAUGAACCUAGUUCGUUGGUUGCUUUUUGUUUAAGUUCAGGUGAUUACAAACAAAAGCUCAAGCAAUUAUUUGUUGAUGAGAGUGAUACUGAUGAACAUCAAGCUGGUGAUGAUGUACAAGAAGACAGCCAAGUUGAAAGUGGAAAAGCCCUUGUGGCACAACAUCAAGAUGCGCACAACAAAAUGAACAAGUUUGUGGAGCAGAAGCAACUGCAACAAAAGCAGCAACAACCGCAAGAGCCGCAACAUGAGCAAGUGCCUCAACAUGAGAAACAGGACCAGAAUCAAAAACAAUUGCUACCAAAGCAGCCUCAAGCUCAACAGCAGCAGCAGCAACUGCAGCAGCCACUGCAACAACAACAACACCACCACCCAAUAGAAAGUGGCAACGAGGACACUGAAACUGAUUAUGACAACAGAAAUGAAUCCGGAUACAAGACUGAUUUUAGUUUUGGUUUGAGCAAUGACAACAAAAAGAAGAAUGCCCAAUUUGCCAAGAUUGAACGUAAAUUUAAACAAAAGUCCACUCGUGGUGGUGAAGAUGGUAAGCCUAAUCAAUUGGAAACUAUACUAAACAAGGCCAAAUCUAACCAUUUAAAAUAUCAAUUUAGUGAUGGAAACACCAAUUUAUCAUGUAAAAUCUUUUACAGUGAGCAAUUCGAGGCAUUAAGAAGAGGAUGUGGAGUUAAUAAUCAAGGUUUUAUUCAGUCAUUGAGUAGAUGUGUGAAAUGGCACUCGAGUGGAGGUAAAAGUGGCUCAAGUUUCUUAAAGACUUUGGAUAAUCGAUAUAUUGUUAAAGAAUUAAGCAAAACUGAAUUGGAAUCAUUUGUGGCUAUAGCUCCAUUUUAUUUUAAAUAUAUCAGUCAAUCAAUGUUUAAUACCUUGACCACUGCUAUUGCCAAAAUAUUUGGAUUUUAUCAGGUUGAAAUCAAGAACCAUGGCACUGGUAAAGUUGUUUCCAAGAUGGAUUUCCUCAUUAUGGAAAAUUUGUUUUACAAUCACAAGACUACAAGAAUAUUUGAUUUGAAAGGGUCAAUGCGUAAUCGUCAUGUUCAACAAACUGGUAAAGAGAAUGAGGUAUUGUUGGAUGAAAAUAUGAUUGAAUACAUUUAUGAAUCUCCAGUGUUUGUUAAAGAACAACUGAAGAAAUUGUUACGGGGUUGUUUGUUUAAUGAUACAAGUUUUUUGUCAGCCAUGGAUGUAAUGGAUUAUAGUUUGGUUAUUGGUAUUGAUGAUGAACUGAAGAAAUUGUAUAUUGGUAUAAUUGAUUGGUUACGAGCUUUCACGUGGGAUAAGAAAGUUGAGAAUUGGGUCAAGGGAAACAAUUUAAUUGGUGGUGGUAAAAAAGGUAAAGAUCCCACUGUUGUUACACCAAAACAGUAUCGAAUCAGGUUCAGAGAAGCUAUGGAGAGGUAUAUUUUAGAAGUGCCUGACAUUUGGUAUGAAGGGACAAAGUAA